UAGGAUAAAAUACUAUUAAACAUAUCCAGAUCAUUUAUAAAAAGAUAUAUACCCAAUGUUCAAUUAUGACACAUUUCUCCACAUAAUAAAAGUGUCGUAUAAUUGUCGUGUGCUCUGAAAAUUAACCAGAAAAACAAAUGUCGUCGUGGUUUAAAAAAAAUUUUUAACCAUAAAAAUCUUUUGACCAUGAAAUAGCCAUAGUAAUAUAGCAAUCAAUAACUUGAUAUAACUAAGCAGAAAACAUGGUUAAAUAUACUGAAGAGCAAUUGUUGGAAGUCAAAGAAGAGGCCUAUGUUCCUCAACCUCAAAUCUUAGAGGCUUUCAAUAAGACCAUUGAUGAAGUUAAAGAACAUGCUGCUGCUGAAGCUGAAAAACAUAAAGCCAUUAAAUGGAAUAAUGGUGAUACUUAUAUCGAUGAAAAAGGUCAUGAAAGACCAUAUCAUAGUUUUAAUAGAAGAAGAGCUUCCAAAUCUGGAACUGCUAAACCAAAUUUGAGAAAAAAGAGUGUUGAUGUUGUUCAAGUUGAUGAAGAUGGUUGGGCUACUUUAUCUACCAAAUCAAAUAAAAAAUCAUUUGGUGCUGAAGAUGGUAAUGAUGAAAGAUCUAAAUUCAGAGAAUCUGUAAGAGAAUCAGCUCAAAAUGUAAAAGUAAGACCAAACAAUAAAAACUUGGGUUCUUCAAAACCAGCUGAUCCAAGAGAAGUCACUGAUAAACAUUCCAAUACUUUUAAUGCUUUUGAAGCUUUAGGUGAUGAAGAUGAUGAUGAAGAUGAUGAUGACGAAGAAGAAGAUGAUGAGUAAAGAGUUUCUCCAAAUAGUAUAAAGUCAAAACAACCACAUAACAUAACAUAAAACAAAUAACCAAACCAAACAUUAGCUUCAGCUUUUGUCCGUGUGACGAUUAAAUCUUUCCUUAUCAAAUUCUAAUGAAACAUGUAUAUACUUAAAUUUUCUGUUUUGUAUAACUUUUUGUUCAUUAACUGUAUAUUAUUAAUAUUAUUAUAUAAAUAUAAAC